CUAAGGUCACUCGCAGACUGAAGUGCGAGCGAAGUGAAAAAUUCAUCAUCAAUGGAAGAAUAGAAGAAAAUAAAUUCUGUAUUCUGUGCAUAGGUAAAUUCAUUAAAUAAUUAUAUAGUGCGAGGAGUAUCGACGAGGAAUCGUUUGCCAUAAUGCAAUAAUUUUGAACAUCUGCGGGAAAAUAAGAGUGCAGUGAUGAGUUUAAGAAAAAAGUGUGAAAAAAAUUCCUGUCGAGAAAAAAUCGAAUAGUGAAAAGGCAAAGGCAAAAGGCGAAGUGAAUUGGAAUUGGUCGUGGAUUGAGAAGAGGAACGUGAAAGGAAGGAGGCACUCGUGAAAAAAAGAAAUAUCAUAAGCUCGUUUAACUGCGACGACGACUACGACGAAGACGACGAUCAACUUUGGAUUCAUUAUAGAAAAUUAAAUGUAAAUUUAAUAUAAUAAUUAAAAAUAAAAUACAUCUAUGUAUGUUACGGGACAACCACGUUGGCAUAACGCAAAAUUAAAACACAAAAAAGGGCGAUUUGAAAAGAGCUAAUCCAUUCAAGGCUAAAGAAAAUAACGAAAAGAAAAUUUCAAAAUUUUAAAAAUAUUUGCAACGCAGCAAGAUAAAGUUGGAGAAAAUUCACAAGAAAAAAAAAAAUAAAAAAUUACAAGCCAUCUAUAAUAAAUACUAGUAGGAAAAGUUAAUAGCACCGACAUAUGUAUUAUAUGUAGACGUACAUAUGUACAUACAUAUAUACUACAUACAUACGUAGAUAGUACAUACAUGUGCAUAUAUAUACUACCUAUAAAAAAGCUACAACCGCCUACGUUAGCGCCAUUAACAGCAAAGAGCAAGAAGCAAAUCGCGACAACUAAUAACCAAAUUUGAAACGUUAAUUACAGUAAUUGCAGCAAAAAUACAUAGAAAUUAAACAACAACAACAACAACAGACGUGGCAACAAUAUUUUAUAACAAAAAAAAAAAAACAAGUUCACAAAAUAGCAAAGCCAAUCACAACAAAAAAGGGGAGAAAAAAACUGCAACAUCAACACCAGCAGCGCCAGCAGCAGCAGCAGCAGCAGCAACAGCAACUAACCAAUCAUCAAGCCAGCAAACAAACAACCAACCAAGCAACAACAGCAACAACAACAACAACAGUAGUAGUUUAAAGAAAUUGUAAAAAUCGCAAUUGUUAUAAUUACAAUACUAAGCAUAAAAGUACAAACCACGGAUCAAUACCAAAGAUGGAGGCAAAAUUCUUGGCAAGCGUCAUUUCAUUCCUCUCGAUAUUUUUAGCGAUUUAUGCUGAUACCGACUUCUUGGUGCCAAACUAUGAUAAUGCAGAACAUCAGUUAAAAGUAUUUGAAAUCAGAUCACCUCUAGUACUUAGCUGUAAUAUAACCAAAGCUGGUGAUUAUGUACUGAAAUGGGAGAAGAACGGUACGGAUAUCACGAAAGUCAAAGAACUUGAAGGCCGUUAUAGAAUUCUUGCGGCCGAAAGAAAGUUCAUAAUCGACCGAACAGAUACCUACGAUGAUGGUCUCUACAGUUGUGUAGCCGAUAAUCAGAAAAAACAUAUUAAUGUAGUUGCUCGCGUUGUUGUACGAGUGCCUUCAAAUACCGGUGUUGUCGAGGGUGAGAAAUUGUCAAUUGUCUGUACAUCUAUUGGUACAGAUCCACAAUUGUCUUGGAAGAUUGGUAAUUUAACAAUCUCAAACAGCACAGGCCGUUAUAUUUUGAAACCCGAUGAUAAUCAAGUGAAAAACGCAAUCUUGUCUAUUGAGAAUAUAAGCCUUGAUGAUAGAGGCGAAUUUAAAUGCAUUGGACGUAAUGACGCCAAUGAGUAUGCUGACUACGCUGAGGCCAGUGAUGCUUCAUUUGUUCGUGUUAAGGGCAAACUCGCCGCCUUGUGGCCUUUCCUGGGUAUCUGCGCCGAAGUACUGAUCCUCUGUGCGAUCAUUCUCAUCUACGAAAAGCGACGCAACAAGAGUGAAUUGGAAGAAAGCGACACAGAUCCACAAGAUCAGUAAGUUUUGUAUACAUAAACACAAACAACCACCACCGUUAUAUACCAGCCACCAUCAAAAAAAAAAAAAAAACAACAACAACAAAUACAAUACCAACACACACAAACAUACACAAACAAGUAUAUAGACAAGUGUGUAGUGUAAUAGUACAGAUUAGCGCUACAAAAUGAGAAUAGUUAAAACUAAAUAGAUACUACACAUACUAUAUACAUACAUAUGUACAUGUAGUCGAACAGAUAGACAUACAUAAUUACUGGUUUGCAUAAACAACUUUAAAAUUUUUAAAAAGAAACAGUAACGACAGAAACAAACAUACUACGAGUACAUACAUUUAUCACAUAAUCCUUCAAACCAAGUAAUUUUAAGUUUGUGCCACCCAUUAAAAUCAAGAUGAAUACCAAGUACAGGCCAACUGCAUCAUUUUAUACAAUAGUAAAAAAAACAAUGAGCAAACACUCACACGUAGCGCAUGAAAGAUGACAACUAAUUUACUACCCGUUAUGUGGCAUGUUUCGUUUGUCACAAAAGCAAUAAUCAUGCGGCACUAAUUUUGUACACUUUCUGUGUUGAACGACAUUAAAUGCUGAAAUAAUAUUAACUCUAAUAAACGAUUAUGGCAAAUUGUUUGUAGUCGGUGAUCGGCGUGCGUUCUUGCGUUUAGUUCU